AUGAACCCCAGGAUCAUCCUCCUGAUGGCGGUAAUGGUGGUGGUUUGCCACCCCUACACGGCAGCAAACACCAACCAGGAACAGAAAACAUACAUCGUUCACAUGGACAAAGCUGUGAUGCCGCCAGAAUAUUCCGACCACCAGAAUUGGUAUGCAACAUCUAUGGAAUCGGUUUCCGAGUCGCCAGAAAUGUUGUAUACGUAUGAAAAUGUCAUCCACGGCUUUUCAACCCAGCUCACGGUUGAACAAGCGAAAUUACUCGAGAAAAAACACGGUGUUUUAUCAGUCAAAGAGGAGGUUAUAUACAAGCUUCACACCACCCGCUCGCCAGAGUUUCUUGGACUUGCAGGGAAAGAAACGAUAUUCUCCGGGUUGAACUCCAGCAAUAAUGUGGUGAUUGGGGUGGUGGACACCGGUGUCUGGCCCGGAAAAUCACGCUUCUGGUCCUUCACCUUCACCGGCGACGAGCUUCCUUCACAGUGGCCACUCCCCUUCUCCUGUGAAAUAAUUCUGGUGUACAUCUUCCGGACUUCACAAAACCGUGAUCAGAGGACCACCUGUGACGACCCACCUUCUCCUUCCAGCCACCACAGCCCACAUAACAACCUUCACCGGAGGACCAUAGUAGAAGCCGACCACCGGAAUCCCGCAAACAAAUACCACAGAACAGCAUACUUUUCGACGGCAUAUGAAGCCACAUAUGGGCCGAUUGAUGAAACAAUAGAAUCGCGGUCUGCGAUGGAUGAUGAUGGACACGGGACCCACACUGCGACUACAGACGCUGGUUCGACGGUGACCGGAGCUAGUCUUUUUGGGUUCGCGAAAGGGACGGCUCGUGGGAUGGCUCCGAAUGCCAGAAUGGCGGUUUAUAAAGCGUGUUGGCUCGGUGGUUGUUUCGGGAGCGAUAUACUGGCGGCAAUAGAAAAGGCGAUCGCAGAUCGUGUCCAUGUUUUAUCACUCUCGAUUGGCGGCUCGCUUGCUAAUUACACGACUGACAUGGUGGCUUAUGACACGUUCAAGGCGGUUUCCCGCGGGAUAUUUGUAGCAUGUUCCGCAGGAAAUAGCAGGCCUGACCCGUUUAGUUUAUGGAAUGUUGCGCCAUGGAUAGCUACGGUUGGAGCCGGAACAAUUGACCGUGAUUUUCCGACGUAUGUUAUUAUCGGAAACAGGAAGAAGUUUCGGGGAGUGUCACUUUAUAGUGGAAAACUGCUAUCAAAAUCCAUGGUUCCGAUUGUUUACGCCGGAAAUAUCAGCACAACCACCGGGGAAUUCUGUCUCCCAGGUACAUUGCCACGGAGAAGAGUUGCAGGAAAAAUUGUGAUGUGUGAACGUGGCGGGAAUUUACGGGUGCAUAAGGGGAUGGUGGUGAAAGCAGCUGGUGGUGUUGGAAUGAUUGUGGUGAACUCUGAAAAGUUUGGGGAGGAGCUAGUGGCCGACGCCCAGGUGAUCCCAACCGCCACCAUUGGUUACCGAGGUGGUGAAGCGAUAAAAAGCUAUAUACUCUCGAAAGAUAAUCCAACGGCUACAAUUGCAUCAGGAGUAACCAAAUUACACAUCCAACCGUCACCGGUAGUCGCAGCUUUCAGUUCCCGGGGCCCGAACCCGCUCACCCCUAAAAUCCUGAAACCGGAUUUCAUCGCACCAGGGGUGAAUAUUCUAGCCGGUUGGACUGGUAAAACCGGUCCAACCGGUUUAAUAGAAGACACACGACGUGUCAAAUUCAACAUCGUGUCUGAGACAUCGAUGUCGUGUCCGCACGUUAGUGGGUUAGCCGCCUUACUAAAAGCAGCUCACCCUGCUUGGACCCCAGCGGCAAUAAGAUCAGCGCUUAUGACCACAGCUUACAACGUAUACAAAAACGGUGAAGGGUUAAAAGAUAUUGUCACCGAAAACCCAUCGACCCCAUUUGACAAUGGUUCGGGCCAUGUGGACCCGGUUCGAGCCAUGGAGCCUGGUCUCGUCUACGAUGCCUCACCUAAUGACUACUUGGGCUUCCUUUGUGCUUUAAAUUAUAGUUCAAAUGUCAUUAAAAUGUUUGGAGGUGGAAGUUUCAAAUGUAGAAAGAAAUACAGGGUGGAAGAUCUUAAUUACCCGUCUUUCGCGGUUCAUUUGCGAACGGGUUCCGACCAAGGUGGUCCUACUACCGUCAAGUACACUAGGACUCUGAAAAAUGUGGGAUCUCCGGCGACUUAUAAGGUUUCGGUAUGGUUGAAAAUGGCUUCCGUCAAGAUCAAAGUUGACCCAGAAGAGCUAAUUUUCACGAAGCAAGGAGAGAAAAGGGUGUAUACUGUGACAUUUACAGCUAGUUCCAUGCAAUCAGGGACUACUGGAUUUGGUCAGCUAAAGUGGUAUGGAGGAAAAUAUGUUGUAAGUAGUCCUAUAGCUUUCAGUUGGGUAUGAUAACUGUAAGGAAAUAUAACAAUGUUGUUAUUAUGGAUAAGAAAAUAAAGGCACAUUGCUAUUAUGUUUAAAUAAAUGUAAUCACGGC